AUGAAAGGGAGUCGAUUUUCCCUGCAGAAGCUGAGCAACAGAAACUACCCGACCUGGCGUUUCAAGGUCGAACUGCUGCUUAUCCGUGAAGAGCUCUGGCGCUACGUACACCCGGGUGUAAAGCCAGAAGAUGAAGAUGACGAAGAUUGGGAAGUAGGUGAUGCGAAAGCAAGGGCUACGAUAGGACUGCUGAUCGAAGAUAAUCAGCACGGGCUGGUUCGCGCUUCUCGAACAGCCAAGGAGGCCUGGAUGGCGCUGCAAAACCACCACCAGAAAACGAGUCUAACCUCGAAAGUGUCGCUGUUAAAACGCAUCUGCGAUAAGCGUUUCACUGAUGGCGACGAUAUGACGGAGCACCUGUUUGAGAUGGAGGAGCUGUUUUCUCGUUUGUCCAAUGCCGGGCAAGAACUGGAAGAAACCUCACCGUCGCGAUGA